AUGACCCAGUUUGAUAUCUAUCUAUCUAUCUAUCUAUCUAUCUAUCUAUCUAUCUAUCUAUCUAUCUAUCUAUCUAUCUGCUUGAAAUACAUAGAUGAACAAAUUAAGAUAAAGGUACCGAUCGACAAUGAUAAAUCUAUCUAUCUAUCUAUCUAUCUAUCUCAUUCUUCUAAUUAUCUAUCUAUCUAUCUAUCUAUGAGAGGCCUGCGCACUCCACUCGCCGCACGAGGCCCUUGGCUCGAGGCAUAUCUAACGUUUCCUCCCCCCUGUCCCAUUCUCGCCUCUUCUGAGCCCUUUACUCCAGAACUGUCACACCGGCCGUUAUUAUUAUUAGGGCCUCACAUCCACGUCCCUUUGUCAAUACGCUUUCUCUGUAUUUCUCUUUCUCUCGGCUAUACUCUUCUGUUUACUAUUUUCUUUCUUUCUUUCUUUCUUUCUUUCUUUCUUUCUUUCUUUCUUUCUUUCUUUCUUAUAUUCUCUGGCAUAUUCAGCGAUUUUGAAGGGAAGAUAUGUAAAGGAGAUUUGACAAAUACUGGUGGCAAGAUUAUGUUUUCCUUGGCCACUACCGGUUCAUGUAUAAUGUUAUCUCUAUCUAUAAAAGGCAGAAGUAUUUCUGUUGCACCCUAUACUUUCUUCAUCCUUUCUAUCUAUCUAUCUAUCUAUCUAUCUAUCUAUUUAUCUAUCUAUCUAUCUAUGUUUCGUCGACAACGAACAACUGUCAAUUUUAUGCUCGCCUGUCACGAAACCCGUCAAAAUAGCUUACCGUCGUCAGGGACAAAAAGUUCGAAUUAA